UUUAAGAAAGAAAGUAAAUUGUUUCUUAUAGUUAAAUAGCAGAAAAGAAAAAAAAAGGAAAAAAAAAAGAAAAAGAAAACGAAGCACGAGGAAGAGGGAGGAGGAGGAGGAGGAGGAGGCCGUACACAUCAAAACUUUAAUUAUUUAUUUGAAGAAUAAGGAAUUCACUUUCGCAGAAAGAAAUAAAGAAAGGAACAAACAAGGAAGAAUGGCGGCGACAAGCUCAGCCGUUGCAACCGUAAGCUUCCCCCAUUUGGUACCCUCCAAGUCCCGCAGAUCCAAAAACGCCGCCGUUUCUCAGACGCCGCCGGCCAAUUGGUCUCCCCUUCGCGUCGGCCGUGUUCCUCUUGUCGUCCUUCGUCGCAAUUCCCUCUCUCUCUCCUCUCCUUCCCCGUCUUCCAGGAACCGAAUUGGCUUCCCUCCGAAGACCGUACACUCUACCUGUACGGCCCAGCGUCGUGAGUACGGACUCCGUAAUUGCGUUUGUACCUCCAUUUCCCAACGCAGAGGCAGAUGCCCUUCUAGCUCUCCCUCCUCACCCUCAGUUUUUCGCAACAACUCCUCUUCUUUCUCUCUAUUAUCCACACCCCCCAAACUAUACAACAAUUCUUUUGUAAAACCAUGUGCGACUGUAGGUCCAGAUGAGCCACACGCAGCAAGUACAGCUUGGCCCGAAGGUGUUACUGACAAACAGGAUUUGGAUCCAUUGUAUCCUGGAGCAUUGGACGGAAAGGAGUUAGAUCGCUUUCUAACUUCCGAACUGCCUUCUCACCCAAAGCUCUAUCGAGGUCAAUUAAAAAAUGGGCUGCGAUAUCUUAUUUUACCCAAUAAAGUUCCCCCUAACAGGUUUGAAGCGCACAUGGAAGUUCAUGUAGGAUCAAUAGAUGAGGAAGAUGAUGAGCAAGGAAUUGCACAUAUGAUUGAACAUGUAGCAUUUCUUGGAAGCAAGAAACGUGAGAAACUUCUAGGGACAGGGGCGCGGUCUAAUGCUUACACCGAUUUUCAUCACACCGUGUUUCACAUCCAUUCACCAACUAGUACAAAGGAAUCUGAUGGAGAUCUACUUCCAUAUGUAUUGGAUGCAUUGAAUGAGAUAGCUUUCCGCCCAAAAUUCCUUGCUUCUCGAGUUGAAAAAGAACGGCGUGCUAUUCUUUCAGAAUUACAGAUGAUGAAUACAAUAGAUUACCGUGUUGAUUGCCAGCUAUUACAACAUCUUCAUUCGGAGAACAAGCUAAGCAAAAGAUUCCCAAUUGGAUUAGAAGAGCAGAUUAAGAAGUGGGAUGCUGAUAAAAUAAGAAAAUUCCACGAGCGUUGGUACUUCCCUGGAAACGCAACCUUGUACAUUGUUGGAGAUGUUGACAACAUCUCAAAAACAAUUUACCAGAUUGAAGCAGUCUUUGGACAAAUUGGCCUAGAAUCGGAGACAGUCUCUCCGCCAACGCCUAGCGCUUUUGGUGCAAUGGCUAGUUUCCUUGUUCCUAAGCUCUCUGUUGGGUUGGCUGGAAGUUCAUCUAAUGAAAGGUCGUCUAGUUCUGUAGAACAAUCUAAAAUCUUGAAAAAGGAAAGGCAUGCAGUUCGUCCUCCUGUAAAGCAUAAUUGGUCACUCCCUGGAAGCAGCACCGGUCAGAAGCCUCCACAAAUAUUUCAGCAUGAGCUGAUACAAAAUUCCUCCUUCAAUAUGUUCUGCAAGAUUCCAGUGAGCAAGGUUCGGACAUAUGGUGACUUACGGAACGUGCUGAUGAAGAGAAUAUUUUUGUCUGCUUUGCAUUUCCGAAUCAACACGAGAUACAAGAGUUCAAACCCACCGUUUACAUCAAUUGAAUUGGACCAUAGUGACUCUGGAAGAGAAGGAUGCACUGUCACCACUCUUACUGUUAAUGCUGAACCCAAGAAUUGGCAAAAUGCAAUAAAAGUUGCUGUUCAAGAGGUUCGUCGGCUGAAAGAGUUUGGGGUUACCAAGGGUGAAUUAACUCGCUAUAUGGAUGCACUUUUGAAAGACAGUGAACAUCUAGCAGCUAUGAUUGACAAUGUUUCAUCUGUUGAUAAUUUGGAUUUUAUUAUGGAGAGUGACGCACUGGGCCAUACAGUGAUGGAUCAGAGGCAAGGACAUGAGAGUUUGGUUGCUAUUGCUGGAACAGUUACACUUGAAGAGGUAAAUUCAAUUGGUGCGAAUGUGUUAGAAUUUGUUUCCGACUAUGGCAAACCUACUGCCCCUCUUCCUGCAGCAAUCGUUGCAUGUGUUCCUAUGAAAGUGCAUAUUGAGGGAAAGGGUGAAACCGAGUUCACCAUAUCCCCUGGUGAAAUUACAGCUGCCAUAGAAGCAGGAUUGAAGGAACCUAUAGCGGCUGAACCAGAGCUUGAGGUUCCAACAGAGUUGAUAUCUGCGUCACAACUACAGGAAUUAUGGAUGGAGCGCAGGCCAUCCUUUGUUUCCUUAAGUCCAGAAACCAAUGUGACAAAACUUCAUGACAAGGAAACAGGGAUUACUCAGUGUUGUCUUUCAAAUGGAAUUCCUGUAAAUUACAAGAUAUCAAAAACUGAAGCAUGUGGAGGUGUAAUGCGACUUAUUGUUGGUGGUGGACGAGCAGUUGAAUGUCCAGAUUCAAGAGGAGCCGUUGUUGUCGGUGUUCGAACUCUCAGUGAGGGAGGCCGUGUUGGAAACUUUUCAAGGGAACAGGUUGAACUCUUCUGUGUGAAUCACCUGAUCAAUUGUUCCUUGGAGUCCACUGAGGAAUUUAUUGCUAUGGAGUUCCGUUUUACGUUAAGAGAUAAUGGAAUGCGUGCAGCUUUCCAGUUGCUCCAUAUGGUACUGGAGCGUAGUGUAUGGCUGGAUGACGCAUUUGAUAGAGCAAGACAACUAUAUUUGUCCUAUUACCGGUCUAUUCCCAAGAGCCUGGAGCGCUCCACCGCUCACAAACUCAUGUUGGCAAUGUUGGACGGAGAUGAAAGGUUUGUCGAGCCUACACCAAAAUCAUUGCAAAAUUUGACCUUGCAAACUGUCAAGGAUGCGGUCAUGGAUCAGUUUGUUGGAAAUAAUAUGGAGGUAAGUAUAGUUGGUGACUUCUCUGAGGAGGACAUAGAGUCCUGUAUUCUUGAUUACCUCGGCACGGUUAGAGCAACAAAAAAUUCCAAAAGGGAGCGUCAAUAUGCCCCGGUUGUUUUUCGUCCUUCUCCAUCUGAUUUACAGUCGCAGCAGGUAUUCUUGAAGGACACCGAUGAAAGGGCAUGUGCCUAUAUUGCAGGUCCUGCACCAAACCGCUGGGGUUUUACUGUUGACGGAAAAGACCUGUUUGAGUCGAUUAGAAGCAUUUCAAUUACUGAGGAUGCACAAUCAAGGUCUGGGGAAUCUGCUGAAGGUGAGAACACUGAGAAGGAUUAUCAGAGAAAGCUUCGUCAUCAUCCACUUUUCUUUGGUAUCACUAUGGGGCUUCUGGCUGAGGUUAUAAAUUCUAGGCUUUUUACAACUGUAAGGGAUUCUCUUGGAUUGACCUAUGAUGUAUCAUUCGAAUUAAAUCUCUUUGAUAGGCUGAAUCUUGGAUGGUACGUGAUAUCUGUAACGUCAACUCCAGCCAAGGUUCAUAAAGCUGUUGACGCAUGCAAGAAUGUUCUCAGAGGUUUGCAUAGCAACAAGAUUACUCCGAGGGAGUUGGAUAGGGCAAAGAGAACCCUUUUGAUGAGACACGAGGCUGAAAUCAAGUCAAAUGCCUAUUGGCUUGGAUUGUUAGCGCACCUGCAAGCUUCCUCCGUUCCAAGGAAGGACAUAUCAUGCAUUAAAGAUCUGACAUUGUUAUAUGAAGCUGCUGGUAUUGAGGAUGCAUACCUUGCAUACGAUCAGUUGAAAGUUGACGAGGACUCUUUGUAUUCUUGCAUUGGGAUUGCGGGGGCUCAAGAUGAUGAGGAAAUUUCUGCAUCCAUUGAAGAAGAUGGAUCAGAUGAAGGCUUCCCGGGAAUUGCUCCUAUGGGGCGUGGUUUAUCGACCAUGACACGGCCUACGACAUGACCUCAGAUGACCUUUCUCCAAGCAUAACGACGUGUGCCAGGAAAGAUGCAAACCCAGAGAGUUUUGAUGAUGGAGCUGCCGUGAGAAGCAGGCCGUUCAGUUCUGGAACAGGAACCCAUUCAUUAUAAGUGCAAAAAGUUGGGAUUCAAGUCUGAAUUGGAUAUUUGCACCUAUUUAUAUCAACUAUCACCUGCUCUGGGGCACUCGGAGAUGGAUACUUCAUUACCAACACAUUCCCUCAAUUGGGAACACACAAAAUAAUAUUUGUAUUUCUUUGAUUUAUUUUUCCAAAAAAAAAAAAAAAUGUUGUAGCAAUUUAUAUACUGGCCUUAUUACAUAUAAAUCAGCUCUUUUUUUUCUUUUU